AUGUCGAGUAGUGAAUUCAAAGCAGUUGGACUUGCCACCGUUAAGGGGAUUGGACGAGGAUCCAAAGCCUUGGGGAAAGCAGGGUACAAAACUUAUAAAAAGAAUGAAGCUAAAAGACAAGGAAAAGAAUACGUUGAGCCAGCUAGUGAUGGUGAUGGAAAGUCAACAAAAUCAUCAACAUCCACCACCAACAACACUGAAAGUGUUCAUGAGCCGUAUACCUUCAAACCAUUACCGAGCAAGGAAACACUUCAAUCGUAUCAGCCGCCACCAAGGAGAAACGUUGGUGCUUAUAGUCCAUCCGAGAGGAAAUAUACCACUCCACAAAGCGCUCAAACAACUUCACAAUCGGGUGCUCAGCAACCUCAGCAGUAUCAGCAACCUCAGCAGUAUCAGCAACCUCAGCAGUAUCAGCAACCUCAGCAGUAUCAGCAACCUACUCAGCAGUAUCAGCAACCUACUCAGCAGUAUCAGCAACCUACUCAGCAGUAUCAGCAACCUACUCAGCAGUAUCAGCAACCUACUCAGCAGGCUGAAUAUCAGGGUCCACCACAGUAUUCGCAGACUUCUCAACCUGUAGAGCAACCACCAGCUCAGCCUGUCCAACAAGCUAAUCAACCACCACCUCCUCCCCGACCGGCUCAAUCUAUCCCUGCAGCUCAGUCGUAUAGCCAGAAUGCAUUGACUACACAGCAGGGACAGCCAACACCAUUCGCACAAGCCAACAAUCAGAGUGUUUCAAAUCCCCAACAACAACCUCAACAAGCAUAUGCGUUGCCUUCGCAACCUGCCUACCAACAACCUGUGACGGGAGCUCAGGAACAACAUCAAGUGAUACAAACGCAAGAGUAUGGGGAGGCGCCACCCCCUGCUUACGACCAGUAUAACCAAAUUCAGCAAUACGGACAAACUUCUGCGACUCUUGGACUGCAAGCGCAAGCAUCCGCGACUCAAGUGGCUCCGGAACAGGCUCAAGUGCCACCACCCAGCUUGCCUAGUCGAGCCUCUGCAAUAGCAGUUACAUCACAACCAGUCUCAAGUUAUAAUCCGCAAACCCAACAACCAAUCGGCCAUGAUUUGGUUCCCCCAGCUAACCAACAAGACGCCAACCUGGCACAAGCGCAAAAACCAAAAAGACCGUUACCCGACCCUACUUCAUUCGCGCCUCCUCCUACCAGAAAAGUACAAUCUCCGGAUAUAACAGGGUCUUCACACAAAAGGGGAUCAUAUUCGAAGCCAUCACCAAAACGAAGUACAUCACUGUAUCAAGGAGGAUUGGCACCACCAACCCCUUCUCGAGCUUCUUCUGAUGCUGGCGCUACCGGCCUACAGCCACCUCCAUUACCUAGUCGAAGUAGCGCAAACAGUGUUGCAAGUGAUACUUCCACCAAGAAAACAUUUGACUUGAAUGCAUUCCCACCACCACCUCAAAUUCCUCGCCAUAAACUGGAAGACAAUAGAAAGAAGAGUCACGGGUCACCACUGAGAGUGAACGAUAUUGAGAGUGUUGAGCAAGAGGAAAAUGAUUUGGAUGAGGACGCUCCAUCUAUGCCCGUAAGACCGCUGCAUAAGAUGCCGUCUACUACCUCGGUAACAAGUUCAGUGGAGGAAGCUCCUCCAAUGCCGCAGAGACCGCCUCAAGGAACAAGCUCGGCAACUUCAAUCACUACCUCCGUUGGUGAAGCUGAAGAAGCUAUACACAAGAAGAAACCACCACCAAAUCCUGUUAAAAAGCCAAAGAGUUUGUCAGCUGAAAAUCUGGGCUUCAAAGCUUCUGAUUCCUCCAACCAAGGGGUGCAAAGUGAAUUAGAAAACAUGUUCAGAAAAAUGAAUGUUACCAAAUCGAAUUCGGAACAAGAAGAGAUAAUGACAGAACCACCAACUUUCAAGCCUAAACCGGCAAAGAAAGUGAGUCCACCACAUGUUAAGCCCAAACCAGAGGUGAAACCAAAGCCAGAAGUGAAACCAAAGCCAGAAGUAAAGCCCAAACCAGUGACUAUGCCAUCUGCUCCCCACUCAGGCAGCACAGCAGCCGUAUUGAACUCUUUUGCUGGCCAUGCCAGGUCUCCUACACCUCCUCCUGCACCUAAACCUCGGAACUAUAAAAGAGCUGCCGCGCCCACCCCUACGGCGGAGAAGCAAGGACCGCCAAGUUUGGAUUUGGAAUUGGAAACACAAUGGUAUGCAAAUACAAAUGGCCUCAAUCUUCCCAAAUCUUUAAAAGGUCUCAAUUACCAAACGAGUUAUCUGUACUCUACAUCUGGAGGGUCACAGGUCUGGAAUAGAAUCAUUACCGCUCGUUUGAAAGACAUGUCCAUCGUUUCUUACAAAUUUGUGUGGAAUGCGAGUGAUGUUGCAUCUGUUGCAGUAACCAUUCAUCGAUUUGUUCCUUCUCCUAUAUCAACUAUACCACCCAAGCAUGAUCUUGUGGCCAACCAUGAACGAUUUGGAGAAUAUGUAGCAUCAUGGAGUGAGCACCAUAAAGGUCAACAAGUUGGUAGUGGAGAGUGUUGGGAUUUGGCCAAAUUUGCUCUCGAAAAGGGAUGCGGAAAACAUGCCUUUGUAUCACAAUACUAUAUUCACGGAUAUCCAAUUUUGCAAAUUAAAAAUUCAGGUGCUGGGGUUGAAUUUAUUAAUGGUUUGCCGCAAUUGGAUGAAAUUAGGCGUGGUGAUAUUUUACAAUUCAAAUCGUGUACCUUCUUCAAUUCAGUUACAGGUACUACACAAACAGUCGGAGCUCCUGAUCAUACUAGUGUUGUUGUUGAAAAUGAUGGAACAAAGUUGAGGGUUGUUGAACAGAAUGUGAAUAAUAUUAGAAGAGUGAUGGAUGGAGAAUAUAUUUUAAAGAAUUUGACUGCUGGUGAAGUGUAUGUAUAUAGACCAAUGCCUGCUGAAUGGGCUGGUAGUUUAUAG